UCGCUGGUUGAUGACGCAAUGUUAAUGGCCGCUUUCGCUGUGCCGUGCGGGAUAUUUCAUUUUCCUCGCCGUAUGGGUUAAAAUUCUUUGUGUUUUACACGCGGUGAUCUUUUAAUAGGAUUCCCCGGGGGCAGAGGCAGUUGUUAACGCCAAAGUGCCGUGCUUAAAGAUCUACGAGCGGGCAAGGUGAUAAAAAUGUGUCGAUCGUAGCAGUUCAAAAGAGUGGUCGCGUCGUUAGCUUAGCUUCAGUUUAGGCUCCAUUGUACAUGGAAGUAAAUUAAUCGAUUGUACCAGAGACUUCUUAAAAAACUGGAAUCCUGGGAGUACUGUAUUACUAAGCAGGCGUCUUUCUUAUUUUUCCCUCGUUAAUGUCCGAGGUUGAGUUCUGCUCGAAGCUCUGUUUCUUCGUUCAGGCCCUAGCAUUAGCCGCAUUAGCUGUCAUGUCUCGUCACAGGUGAACUUAUUCACUUGGCCGUGUUGUGUUGUGCUAAAGACACAAGUAGGUUGAUACUGGGUCAUGGAUACUCCUGAGAGCCCAAGCCAAUCCCCUCAGUCCCCCGAGGAGGAGGAGCAGGCCCUCUCCGACAGUGAGCUUCUGGGCUCUGUGGACGGUGAUGCAAACCAGGCAAUAUCAGACAGUGAGAUUGUCCACGAGGAGAAUGAUGCUGAAGAUGAGGCAGACGAAAGUGGAGAACAAGAAUCUGGAAUAGCAGAGGAUGGGCAGGAGAAAGAUGAAGUGGUACCAGAUUUUAUCUCAGACCCAGAGGAGGAAGAGCCAAACAGAGACCUAGAACAAGUGGACAAGUCAAUUGUUCUGAUGGAGGAAGAGGAGGAGGAGGAGGAGGAUGGGGAAGAAGUAUCUAGUAUUAAGGCAGAGGAAGAGGACAAAAGGGUGAUUGAUACUCCACUUUCUCCUGACUCUGAAGCUGACAGGGAGGAUAUCCAGGAGAAGGUAUACAGCGAGGAAGAGGAUGAUGACAAAGGCAAACCUGAUGAAGAAGAACCUGAGACAAGGAGGACAUCGGUGGCUGUGCGGGAGAUAAAGAACGAUUCUCCUUCUGUGUCUCGAGAAUUGGACGAGCAUGAGCUGGACUAUGACGAGGAGGUUCCAGAGGAGCCUAGUGUUCCUCCACCUGAAGAGGAGGAGGAAGAGGAGGCAAAGACUGAGGGAGAGGUGGAGACAGAGAGCAGCAAAAGGAGAGAGAAGAAGCCCAUCCUUCCACCAUCUCCCACAGACAACAGGAAGAAUGAAGAGGGGAGAGCUCGUAGAGACUCAUUUAGAGACAAGAGAAAUGAUGAUGAUGAUGGGGAGAUUGAUGAAGGAGAAAUUGAUGAUGAGGAUUUGGAGGAAGGGGAGGUCAAGGACCCCUCAGACAGGAAGAUUCGACCGAGACCUAUCUGUAGGUUCUUCAUGAAAGGAAACUGUACUUGGGGUAUGAACUGCAGAUUCAUUCAUCCAGGGGUUAAUGACAAAGGAAACUAUUCCCUCAUCACAAAGCCAGACCCCUUCUCUCCAAAUGGAGCACCUCCUGGAGGACCACAUCCUCUCAUGCCCAAUAAUCCUUGGGCUGGACCAGCAGUGGAGGAACUCCCUCCACCUCCUCCACCUGUGGAGCCUCCUGUGGAAAGCGCCUGGGAGAGAGGACUCAGACAUGCCAAAGAGGUACUGAAAAAGGCCACCAUGAGGAAGGAGCAGGAGCCUGACUUUGAGGAGAAGCGUUUUAACGUGACCAUUGGGGAGGAUGAGCGGGAGUUUGACAAAGAGAAUGACUUCUUCAGAGAGCGCAGCUACCGCAUCAUUAGAGAUGAGAUGGACUUCCGAGAUCCUAUUUAUGGUGAUCCUUAUGCUGACCCUUACUAUGACUAUGAAAUGGAAGCAUUGUGGCGAGGUGGCCAGUAUGAAAACUUCAGAGUGCAGUACACAGAAGCACCUCUGCCUUACCACUACAAUGAUCGUGAGCGUGAGCGCGACCUCCGAGAGCGUCCCCGGGACAGAGAGAGGGAGCGUGAUCACCGGGAGAGGGAGCGGCGGCAGAGAGAGCGGGAGAGAGAGCGGGAGAGAGAGAGACUCCGACGCAAAGAUGAGUGGGAGCGAGACCGUGUGAAGAGAGAGGACAAGGAGCGGCCAAGGCUGCGACCACCACGUGAGCCCCGUGACAAGAAAGAUGACGACAAACUGAAGGGCCGCCCAGACCUUGGCGUACCUCCAAAAGAUGUUAUUGCUUUGCAAUAUAAUUCCCAUAAUUCCCUAUGGAGAGAAACAGGUGAUGCUGCCAGGCCAAGUUGGAGAGGCAGUCAUGCAGCUUUAAGCAGACCUAUGGAGACUCCAUUAAAGAAGGACUCAGUUCCCAUGGCAAUGAGGCGACCAGACGAGUGGAAGGACCCUUGGCGCAGGUCCAAAUCUCCACGGAGACGUCCCAACAUGGGCUCUCCACUGAGAGGCCGACGCAGGCAUCGUCCUUCAGGUUCCUCUGUGUCUCUUUCACAUUCAUCCAGGUCAUCAUCACGAUCCUCAUCGUACACAGGCUCAGGCUCUUCUCGUUCUCGAAGCCGCUCCUCCUCCUUCAGCUCUUACACCAGUCAUUCUUCUCAACACAGCUCUUUCAGCGGCAGUCGCUCCAGGUCCCGAUCUUUCUCUUCGUCUCCAUCUCGGAGUCCGGCACCACUAAAAAAUUCAAAGAACAGACCAGUCCCUCCUCCAGGUCCAAAAGGUGCUCCACUGAAGCCUGGCGCCAUGCCCCCUCCUCGCAGGGACAAGCCUCCUGUAAAGAAAGCCCCCAGUCCUCCUCCACCUGGGCCCCAGGGCAGACCUCCCAAAGCCUCAGCAGAGCCAGCCAAACCCCCCAUAACUCCCAGGGAGCCUCCAGGGGGUGGAGCCUCUGUGGGUGGAGCUGCUGCAGGACGACCUGCUCCUCCAAAAGAGCCCACAAAACCCCCCAACCCACGGGAAGGCCGACGUAAAGAGCGCCAUGUUCCGCGAAGGAGGACAGUGAGUGGCAGUGCCAGUGGAAGUGGCAGCAGUUAUAGCGGCUCAAGCUCCAGGUCUAGAUCAACCUCAAACUCCCUCUCACGCUCCGGGUCCAGGAAGUCCAGAUCAUUGAGUGUGAGCAGUGUGAGCAGUGUGUCAUCAGCCUCCUCCAGCAGCAGCUCCGUACGCAGCGCAGACUCUGAUGACAUGUAUGCUGACCUGGCCAGCCCCGUAUCCUCUGCCAGCUCCCGUUCCCCUUCACCAGGCCGCGCCCGCAAGGACAGAGGAGGGGCAAGAGACCGGCCGCCACACACCAGAGAGAAGGCCAGGGAUCGACCUUCUAAGAAAGAGGAAGGCUUGAGGGAAGAGCGCAGGAAGGUGGAUCAGGCUGGUGGUCCACCUCAAAGAGGUAACCCUGUGCUCAGGUCGGGUCCAGGGAACAGAGGUGUCCACCCUUCACCAGGCAGCACCGGACCUCCAACCAGUUAUGGAGGAUCGGGUUCCCACAAAGACAUCAAACUGACUCUUCUCAAUAAGGCUGAUAAAGGCAACAGGAAGAGGUACCUGCCUUCAGACAAAGAGAGGCCUGGGUCCCCUGCCAGCAAGAGGAUGGCCCUGUCUCCAGACAGAGGACGAGACAAGAGGGUUCCUAGCCGAGCUCCACCUUCUCCUCGAGCCGAACGACUCAAAGCCCCGGGAGCACGACCGGUGGGCCUACAGGGAGACAGGUCAGUGCUAAAGAAACGUCCCAUGUCUCCACCUCCAAAGGUGUCAGGAAAAGGACAAGGCCCUCCCUCUGCCAAAUCCGCUGCGCCUGGCUCUGCCUCUACUGCUGGCGCAGGCUCCAGUAAACCCAGCAACACACUGUCUCGCCGUGAGGAGCUGCUCAAACAACUGAAGGCUGUUGAGGACGCCAUUGCUCGCAAGCGAGCUAAGAUGCCAACCAAAUAGGCAGUGUGUCUCCUAUCCUGCGUCAGUGUUAUUCAUGAAGCAGAUGCCUGCCUCUUGUCGAACAUGUAAAAAAAGUUCUCUGGUUCAUGUGCAAAGGCCGAUGCGUGAAAUGAUGGCAGGUUCGUUUGCCCCUCAGAGAUCCCUUUGAGAGCAGGACAUUGAAGUUUGGUUUGGGGCCAUCUCCUGAACGGACAAACAAAAGACGGGGCUGAUCACACUAGCCUCCUCUCAUGCUGCCUCCCAGAAAACAAAACGAUCAGACAGUCUCUCCUUCCUUUUUUUGGUCUUUUAUUUUCACUGUUUCCCUGUCAGCAUAUUUUUACAGACUCAUAAUCAUUAUUUCUGCUUUGUCUUGGGCUUUUUGUAAGCAUUGGUACCUAAAGUGUUGUCCUCACAAUAAUAGGAAUUUAACCAAUUCAGCUUAUGAGUAUACAGUUGUGAUGUGUAUGGCUUUCUUAAAAAAAGUGGCAGCAGUUUCUUUCUCAUGAACCAGUGUUUUAUUUGUUUUAUUUUAGUUUGAGAAAUGAGAGAUGGACUUGUAGAAAUAAUAAAUGUCAUGCUUUUGUGAUAAAAGCCUUCUAAAUAAACUAUUUUGAUAAAGAUAA